CCUAUAUAUACGGCUGCAGGGGCGCGGAUUCGCCACUAACGUUGCGAAUCGUGACGCGAGAACUUCUUCGUUUGUCCUGCACGCGAAUUUUUACGAGGCUCCCGGAAGCUUGAUAUAGAAGGAAAAAAAGAAAAACCCGAAGAAAAUGGCGAAGGCACCCGCGAUCGGUAUCGAUCUUGGCACGACUUACUCCUGCGUCGGUGUCUUCCAGCACGGCAAGGUCGAGAUCAUCGCCAACGACCAGGGUAACCGCACGACCCCGAGCUAUGUGGCCUUUACGGAGACCGAGCGUCUCAUCGGGGACGCCGCUAAGAACCAGGUCGCCAUGAACCCCAACAACACCAUUUUCGAUGCCAAAAGGUUAAUCGGACGUCGCUUCGAGGACCCAACCAUUCAGGCUGACAUGAAACACUGGCCAUUCACUGUGGUGAACGAUGGUAGCAAGCCAAAGAUUCAAGUACAAUACAAAGGAGAGACGAAGACUUUCUUCCCUGAAGAAGUGAGUUCGAUGGUCCUAGUAAAGAUGAAGGAGACUGCGGAGGCGUACUUAGGCAAAACCGUCACCAAUGCUGUGAUCACCGUCCCUGCUUACUUCAACGACUCGCAGCGUCAGGCAACCAAGGACGCUGGCACCAUCUCGGGCUUGAACGUACUGCGUAUCAUCAAUGAGCCCACUGCUGCCGCGAUCGCCUACGGUCUCGACAAAAAGGCCACCGGCGAGCGAAACGUCCUCAUCUUCGAUCUCGGUGGUGGCACUUUCGACGUGUCCAUCCUGACGAUCGAAGAUGGUAUCUUCGAGGUCAAAUCCACAGCGGGUGACACACAUCUGGGUGGCGAGGACUUCGACAAUCGCAUGGUCAAUCACUUCGUGCAGGAGUUCAAGCGCAAGUACAAGAAGGAUCUGACCACGAACAAACGCGCCCUCCGCCGUCUACGCACGGCCUGCGAGCGCGCGAAGCGGACCCUGUCAUCCUCCACUCAGGCCAGCAUCGAAAUCGACUCGUUGUACGAGGGAAUCGACUUUUACACCUCUAUCACGCGAGCUCGUUUCGAGGAGCUCUGCGCCGAUCUCUUCCGCGGUACUCUCGAACCCGUCGAGAAGUCGCUGCGCGACGCCAAGAUGGACAAGGCUCAGAUUCACGAUAUCGUUCUAGUUGGCGGCUCCACGCGAAUUCCCAAGAUUCAGAAGCUCCUGCAGGACUUCUUCAACGGCAAAGAGCUCAACAAGUCUAUCAAUCCCGACGAAGCCGUGGCAUACGGCGCUGCCGUACAGGCGGCUAUCCUGCAUGGCGACAAGUCCGAGGAAGUGCAGGACUUGCUUCUGCUUGACGUCACUCCGCUCUCUCUGGGUAUCGAGACAGCCGGCGGUGUCAUGACCGCGCUCAUUAAAAGGAACACUACCAUCCCGACAAAACAGACUCAGACCUUCACAACCUACGCCGACAAUCAGCCCGGUGUGUUGAUUCAGGUGUACGAGGGCGAGCGCGCCAUGACCAAGGACAAUAAUCUGCUGGGCAAAUUCGAGCUUAGCGGUAUUCCCCCAGCGCCCCGCGGAGUCCCUCAGAUUGAGGUUACAUUCGACAUCGAUGCGAACGGCAUCCUUAACGUCUCUGCCGUGGACAAGUCCACUGGCAAGGAGAACAAGAUCACAAUCACCAAUGACAAGGGUCGGCUCAGCAAGGAGGACAUUGAGAGGAUGGUGAACGAGGCGGAGAAAUACCGCAGCGAAGACGAGAAACAGAAGGAAACAAUCUCGGCUAAGAACGGCCUCGAGUCUUACUGCUUCAACAUGAAGAGCACAGUCGAGGACGAGAAGCUCAAGGACAAGAUCAGCGCGUCGGACAAGCAAACGAUCUUGGACAAGUGCAACGAGAUUAUCAAGUGGCUUGACGCAAAUCAGCUAGCUGACAAAGAGGAAUACGAACACAAGCAGAAAGAGCUCGAGGCCAUCUGCAACCCCAUCGUCACGAAGCUCUACCAGGGCGCCGGCGGUAUGCCCGGUGGCAUGCCAGGCGGUUUCCCCGGAGCUGGUGGUGCCGCUCCCGGUGGAGCACCCGGCGGUGGCGGUGCAUCUGGUGGCCCUACCAUCGAAGAGGUCGACUAAAGAAGAAAACCGUUCCUGGCUUUAUCUCGCCACUGCCCAUCCUCUACUGCGCAUUCCUUGAAUUUAAAAAAAAGAAUAAACGAAUAUAGAACGGUUUUUGCUCUAAUCAUUCCUUACGUACGAUUCUUUAGCGUUGUCUUUUGAAAAAGUUCCUCUAUUUCAUUAUUUUCUAUUACUUUGAAGUAAUUAAUGUACUUUUUAUUCACUUUUUUAUUUAUUUUGUUGUAUUGUACUUACGGUUUAUUCUCUAGAAGAUCUGUUGUAAUAUCUUCUCUUUCAAACUUCGUAAAUAUAGAGCGAUUACCAAAACUAAA